AUGGGUACCAACGACACCCAACCCCUUGGCGAUGUACCACGCGGAGCGCCUCAGCACACCUGCUACCCAAGCCAAAGCUGGACAUGCGACGGCCACCCCAUCGUCGACGGCAAGUACCACGACCUCACCGCCAACGAAAUCAAGACGCACACCGGCCUCGUCCACGGAGGCCCGCCCUCGACGUCCGUGUACUGGCAGAACCGCGCCCCCGUCCGCCGCCCCGAUCAGCUCGUCGCCAUGGGCGCGGUGAGCAGGCACAAGGCGACCGAGUACCUCGUGCGGGUGGGCGAGAUGCUCAGGGCGGGAAUGUGCACGGUUACGUCGCUUAAUGCGACGGAGUUUGCGGUCAAUGUCAUUGUGUUGACCGAAGCGUCUGUGGAGGAGUUUUCGGCCCUUUUGCAAGAGAGCGGGCUGUUGCCGUAG